AUGACAUGGAAACUUCUAUCAAUUGCUAGCUCAAUCUACGAACAAGGCCUUCCGGAUGUGACUGUUGAUUUUGAUGUUGACAGAUACGAUCCUGUCGAGGGGGAUCUUAAGCGCGUGGAGGAUUUGUCCUUGGGUGGGUGGACCCUUUUUGUUGGCCGCCACAGCAAUGCAGUUGCUUUGCCGGCGGACCAGUACCCGGUCAAGCCUGCGUCAAUUUACUUCACUGAUGUUUUUGGGGACGUCAAUUGUGGCCGUGACAUUGGCAUUUUUGAUUAUGAGAAAAAGACGGUGUCUCCGUGCCACUAUCCAUUUGAUGAUGCUCACAGCUUCGGAAAGAUUUUGCCGGCACCUAUGUGGUUCUUCUCAACUCCUACUUGA